AUGCAGACCGAAGGCUCAGCGGGGUACCUGCCCGACUGGCUAGCCUCACGCGUAAGGGUUGUGGCAUCGCGGCAGAGUCCGGACAUACCCAAACGCUUGGAGCUCAGCUUCGCCGGUGUGGAUCUCCCGGACAGGCUCCCAGAGCUGUUGGCCUGGCUUCGUGCCCCACGAGGCUUGGCGCAGCAGGCACUAUUAGCAUCUAAUGCGGACUUUUCCUGUUGGGCUGACUUUCGUGGAACGUGCCUUCAGGACUCCGAUGCUGCAGAAUUACUCGGCUGCCUCGGCAAUCUGCGUGUUGCACGGCUCUGGCUGGCUUCCAACAGCCUUACACAGAAGUCUGCCGGACGACUGCGGGACUUCGUGCAGCGUGCGGAGGGUCUCCGGGAACUGGACUUGGCGUGCAACGACCUUGACGAUGAAGCGGUGUUCGGGCUUAUUUCUGCAUUUGCAACGAGAAGCAGACGCUGUCAGCGCUGGCUUUAUCUGGCGGGGAACCAGGUGCGCAAUCCGCCAGCGCUACUAGAGCGGCUGCGGCGUGCAGGGGUGCAUGUAAGCCUGGACGAAGCCUCAGCAGACCUACCGGGCGACGGGGAUCAGAUCUGCCUUCCCUAUUUCUGCUUCCAAAGUCCUGACACAGUUGACCGAGACCCUGGUUUGGAGAAGCAAGGCGAGGCCAAGCCAGUUCAUAAAGAACUCGAAGAGGAGCGGGCCGUGCCGAACUUGUCCGCCAAAGCGAGCAAAGAUGUCACCUCGGCCUUACGAGCGUUAAGAACUAUCAUCCCUCCGUCAGAUCCAGAGCAGACACCGCUGUUGCCACAGACGCUUCCACAAGCUGUGCAGCCUGAGGCUGUGCAGCCGGAGGCUUUGCCACAGUCUGUGCCAAUGGCCGAUGCAGUUUUCCCCAUUCCCGUGCUGUCGCAAUUUGGUCAGGUCAACGGCUUCCAUAUGGCUCCUGAACCAUUCUUUCUCGGACAAGUAAUGUCCACAACAACGCCUGCCCCAUUGAUGAACCCUUUGAUGACCCCAUUGCAGGUGCCUGAACUGAACGGCUUGCCUCCUCCGCCCCCACCUUUGCCUCCGCUCAACACGACGUCUGCAGCCCCGCGGACGCCUCCGUUGCCUCCUGAUUUGUUUACAGAUUUGCACGCUGGUGGCCUGGCUACGCGAAGUGCAGUUCUCACCUCUGGAUCGAUUGCUCCGACUCUGGUGAACAUGCCUGGUGCAUUUACUGCGCCAGCAGUGGCCACUGCCCCGAAUGGCUGUCACCCAGCUCCCUGCGAUCUCGCUAUGGCAUUCGGUGCUGUCGACACAGCCACUGGGAGGACCGAGGUGGGUGAGGCCCCAUGGAAGUCACAACGGCGCCGUGCGAGGAAGCCUGGAGUGUCCUGA